GCAGUGAGCCAUCCAGGACGAGGAGUGCUACGAGCGGCUACAUUCAACUUUACCCCCGUCCCGCGACACUCAGCACCGUCAACAGCAUCAGCACCGGUCCGGUCCUCUUGUUCAGGGUCAAGUUUGGGCUUUUGGCGGCGAAAGGCGACUUUCAGCUGCUGACCCACACGGGGCUCGGCAUGUUCGGGAGGAUGGAGGUGGAAAAGCGGACCAACAGCUUCGACUACACGGACAGGAGCAACGCCAAGUCCGUCAACGGUUUCUUUUCAGAUUCUAUUCUGGUCUUGGAUGCAGACCCGAACGACAGCGUGGGUGACCGAAACCUCGUGCAGGAACUCUGGGCCAAAGAUGAUCCGGUUGACCAGCGUACUUGCCUUAUCUGUGGGGACCGCGCCACAGGCCUGCACUAUGGCAUCAUCUCCUGUGAGGGCUGCAAGGGCUUCUUCAAACGCAGCAUCUGCAACAAGCGCGUGUACCGCUGCAGCAGGGACAAGAACUGUGAGAUGUCCCGCAAACAACGCAAUCGCUGCCAGUACUGCCGCCUGCUCAAGUGCCUGCAGAUGGGAAUGAACCGCAAGGCCAUCAGGGAGGAUGGCAUGCCAGGAGGAAGGAACAAAAGCAUCGGGCCGGUUCAGAUCACAGAAGAGGAGAUUGAGCGCAUCAUGUCCGGACAGGAGUUCAAGGAGGAGGCCCCCGACCACACUUGGGGCAACAACGGUGACAGUGACCACAGCUCGCCCAGUAACGGGGCUUCUGAGGGGAACCAGCCGUCUCCUGCCUCUACCCUGUCAUCCAAUCGCUCAGUGGAGAUGAAUGGCUACACUGCGGCUCUCAGGGACCAGUACAUAAACACGUCCAUGCCCACUCACUACCAGCUGCUGCCUCACCUCUUCAGCUACGCGGCUCAGUCGGGUCUGCUGGCCCCUCAGCCCCGCGGAGGAGGAGUCGGAGUCUACCCCCAGUCACAUCCCCUGGUCCUCCAGCUGGUGGCAGCAGAGGACCUCAGCCCCCUGGCCACACCCAUGCUCAUAGAGGACGGGUACAAGGUGACCCAGGUGGAGCUGUUUGCCCUGCUGUGCCGUCUGGCCGAUGAGCUCCUGUUCCGUCAGAUCUCGUGGAUAAAGAAGCUGCCUUUCUUCUGCGAGCUCUCCAUCGAGGACUACACCUGUCUGCUGAGCUCCACCUGGCAGGAGCUCAUCCUGCUCUCCUGCCUGACCAUCUACAGCGCUCAGAUCUUUGGAGACCUGGCCGACGUCACAGCCAAGUACACGCCGUCUGACGAGGAGCUGCAGGGCUUCAGCGAGGACGGCAUGGAGGUAAUGGAGCGCCUGAUCUAUCUGUACCGCAAGUUCCACCAGCUGAAGAUCAGUAAUGAGGAGUACGCCUGCAUGAAAGCCAUCAACUUCCUCAACCAAGAUAUCCGAGGAUUGUCCAAUGUGUCCCAGCUCGAGCAGCUGAACAAGCGCUACUGGUACGUGUGCCAGGACUACACAGAGUACAAGUACCCACACCAGCCAAAACGCUUCCCCGAAAUCAUGAUGUGUCUGCCCGAGAUCCGCUGCAUCGCCGGCAAGUUGGUGAAUGUCCCCUUGGAACAGCUCCCCCUGUUGUUCAAAGCAGUAUUGCACUCCUGCAAAACCAGCGUGAACAACUAUAGGAGCGGCCAGUCGCCCUGCGUGACCUCUGCCCCUGGAAACUAACCCCCAA